ACUAACCGCUGCAUCUUUACACUCAGAUAAAAACACUAAUUGGUGGCCGGCUGCGCGCGUAAAAAGCGGAAUCUGCACAAGUUUGCGCGUUUUUUUCUCUCUCUUUCUGUCUUUUGGGUUCUGCGUGUUCGCCGUCCACGGAGCCACUUUCAGAAACACGGAGCGUGAAUCUCACUCAGCUUUUUUGAAUUGUUAUUUUGUUUUUGAACUUAACGGAAAAUGGGCCCCUGGCGGGCCGGGGUGCCAGAUGCGCGCAGAGCAGGUGUCCCUGAAGGCGUCAUGGACCGAACCGGAGCAGGUGGGGGGUCCGCUCCCAGCAGCUAACUGGAAGCGCUUUCUGUGGUGAGUGAAGAUCAGCCCAUAUUCGAGCCGAACUUCUCCGCGGCGCCCGCCAUGCACAUGAAGAGCGAGAUGACGUCACCUGGCGGCUUCAGCCAGGCCUCCAAGCCGAGCCCCGAACCCGCCGAGUCGGAGUGGGUGGGCUCGGCGGCGCAGAACCCCGGCAAGAGAUCCGAGCACGUCAACGGGACCAGCCGCGGCUCUCCGGUGGACUGCAGCGUCACCAAACGGUCCCGCCACAUGAGCAGCGACGGGGGGCCGCUGCCGUACCAGGCGUCCUACCCGGAGCCGCGGGUCAGCCCGCAGACCGCCACCCCGCCCAGCACCAACCCCACCGAGGAGAAGAGGGUCAUCGUCCCGGCAGACCCUGAGGUUUGGACCCAGGACCACGUGCGGCAGUGGUUGGACUGGGCCAUUAAGGAGUACGUCCUGGAAGAGGUGGACGUCUCGCUCUUCCAGGCGCUGGACGGCAAGGCGCUGUGCAAGAUGACCAAAGACGACAUGAUGCGGCUGACGUCGGCCUACAACGCAGACAUCCUGCUCUCUCACCUCAAUUACCUCCGGCAGAGUAGCCCCACGUUCUCCUACUCCACAACGCCCUCCAACAACACGCCUCCCCCACAGCCUCCACAGCCCAGGCUGCAAGUGAAAGCAGAAAACAGUUUUGAUGAGAUCGGCCGCAGGAACAGCUGGCCGACCAACACCAUGACGCCCACGGUGCCCAAAGGUUCUCCGAUCGAACACCAACACAACAGCAGGGUGACGGAUUCAACGCCCAGAAUCAUCCAAGACCCGUAUCAGACGUUAGGGCCGAUCAGCAGCCGGCUGGCCAAUCCAGAAGGCCAAGUCCUGAGCUCAUCCAAGAACCGAACAGGCAAACAAAGUCCGUACAAGCUGCCUGACCCCAGCGCUCACAGGCCUGUGGGCUCCGGUCAGAUCCAGCUGUGGCAGUUCCUGCUGGAGCUGCUGUCCGACAGCAACAACGCCGCCAUCAUCACCUGGGAGGGAACCAACGGCGAGUUCAAGAUGACCGACCCGGAUGAGGUGGCCAAGCGCUGGGGCGAGCGCAAGAGCAAGCCCAACAUGAACUACGACAAGCUGAGCCGCGCCCUGCGCUACUACUACGACAAGAACAUCAUGACCAAAGUUCACGGCAAGCGCUACGCCUACAAGUUCGACUUCCAGGGAAUCUCGCAGGCGCACCAGAACCACGGGGCGGACGGCGGCCUCGUCAAGUACCAGACUGAGAUGUCUUACGUCCAGCAGUACCACAGCCACCAGCCCAAAAUGAACUUCAUGGGCGGACAUCCCGCUCCCAUGUCCGUCUCCCCAGGGAACUUUUUUGGCUCCCCGUCGCCGUACUGGAACUCGGCCAGCAGCCCCAUCUACCCCGGGUCGGCCAUGACCCGACACCCGGCCGCUCACUCCCACCUCAGCUCAUACUACUGAUGACGGGACGAUCCGGAGGCGAACCCAAGUGCUGAACCUGAGCUGACCCGUCUCAAGCAGAACCAGAAGGAAACAUGACCCUACGGUCCAUUUUCCUACGAGGCAUUAUCACACUUCCCUGCUCAGAACCAGAACCACGGGUUGGACUCAGACUACGGACGGCACAGUGUAUGCAUUCAGUUAACAUUUCCAUUCAGUUUGUAAGUAGUUUUGUUUGAUAGCACCUGUUAUUAACGGUUUUAUGAUUGUUCUAUCCAGUAAAAAAAACAAAAAAACUUCACAUUAAGGAUGACUUUUUGUAAAACAAUCUGUACAGAAUCUUUUUCAGGAAACAAUAAAACAUUUAUGCAUUAUCUAUAGCUAAA